AUGACCCAGACCCUCGACAAAAGGGAGGACCCUCUCAACCUGGGCGGCGGCUGGGCGUCCUCCGCCCCGUUACGUACCUGGUCUACCUGCCACCGAAGGCGCAGGGGCGCUCCGAUAUACAAGCGGCGCUACCGCUAUGGUCCCAAGUCUGAGUACGAGCCCCCCAGGAAACAGCCGAAGCAACAGCACGGUCCGGGCCCUUGGUUCCAACCACCCCGACGGCCCUAUUGGGCCGUGUACUCUAACUGGGGGCGCUGGGGAGGGCCCUGGCGCCCACCUCCAGCGGGAUUCUGGAAGCCUCCUGGCCGAGUGCAAGUGAUCCGGGUGUUUGGUCUGCACCCGCUCUGCCUCUGCUGCUGCUCCUGCUGGCGCGGGCCCUGGAACCCCGGCUGGGCGAGGCCCCCCGGCAGGAAGAAGCGCUGGGGCCGCAGGGGCCGCGGCCUGCGCCGCCACCCUCGCCGCUCCUUCCCGAGGAGCCCGCCCGUGGAUCUGAGCACGCUGCUACGGCCAGUCAACCUGUACGGGUGGCGGGCCCCCGGCAUGCGGGCGCCGCGGAACACCACCCAGUUCAUCAUGAACCAGAUCUACGAGGACAUGCGGCAGCAAGAGAAGCUGGAGCGCCAGCAGGAGGCGCUGCGGGCGCAGCAGGCCCAGGCGCGCGGCGCGGCCUCCCCCGAGGGCUCCUCCGGGAACGACGCGCCCCCCAGCGGCGGCGCGGAAGACGCAGAGCUGCAGGAAACUUCGUACAGCUUCGUGCGGAAUCCCUCUUGGGUCUUCAGUCCCGACGCCGACAAGGAAAACCAGUGUCCCGCCGCACAGCUCGGGGAGGAGGAGGACGACGACGAGGAGAAAAAGGAGGAGGAGGAGUGUGACGAGGAGGAGUGUGACGAGGAGUGCGACGGGGAGGAGGAGGAGGAGAGCGAGGAGGAGGAGGAGGAGGAGGCAGAGGCCGGAGAUGAAGAGGAGGUCGAGGAGGCUGACUGUGUGGAGGAGGGGGAGGAGGACGAAGAGGAAGAGGAGGACACAGAAGAGGAAGAGGAGGGGGCGGAGGAAGAGGAGCAGAGCGAGGAAGAGGAUCAUUUACCUCUGGAAAUGCCUUUAUCAUUCCUAGCGGGGGCUGAGGAAGAGAGAGAGAACUUUAUAAACUGUAUUUAUGUAAGCCCCAAACCGAUCAUUCCCGAAGGGCCACCGGAAGCUCUCCUCAGGGUGGAGGACAUUAACUGUUAG